ACGAACACACAGGGAUUAGAAAUGCUCUGUUGCUCAGGGAAUAUUUCAUUAACUUUAUUUCAAUAUACAUUCACGCUUCAGAGAUAUAACCAGGGGUAAUAUGUUUUAUAAAAAGGAAGGCUAUAAAGAGAAAUAAACCAGCAGUGUAGAUGAUUUAGAAUACGGAAGUAAAAGUUGAUCUACUUAACACUGUUCCUCAUGGAUUGUUAUAUUGUUUACUACUUGAUUGGUUUAUUUCAUUUAAUCAACAGUACUCAUCAGCAAUUCGUAAAUGUCGCAUACGGAAAAAGUGCAAGAAUUAGUACCAGAUACAAUGAUAAUGAUUUCACACCCGGUAAAGCGGUAGAUGGCGAUACCAGUACAUACCCCUUGGACUGCGCAUUGUCAGCUUCCGGUCAGAAGGAGGCGUGGUUACAGGUGGAUCUCGGAGAGAAGAAAAAUAUCGCAUCAAUUUCAUUCAUACAUGGAGGAUUGGGUUGGAAUGCCAAAGCACUCAGUCCUCAAUACUCGGGUAUCAAAGCUGAUUCUGACGGAACUGGAACCGUUUAUCAACGCGACGGAAACGCGUUAUGUUUGGAAAACUUUAACACAAAUAACGCCAGGGUCAUAUGUUUAAUCUGGGGAUUCCUACCAGACAGUGCAAUCUUCGGAAAUACAGGAUCCGAUAAAAUUUCAAGUCGAUAUAUAAGGUGUCAUGGAAACGAAACCAACAUAAACCAAUGUCCCAGUGGAAUGUGUACCCGAGAUAGAGCAGCUACAGUCACUUGUCAAAAGGGCAGUACGUUGGCUGGUUUUUCGGUGUAUGUUUCUGAUACUCAAAACUGGACAACCGGAAGUAUUUGUUAUCAACAUGACAUCCAAGAGAUAUCAAACACCAAUGAUAUCAACAUUAAUUGCGUAACUUCCGGUCGUUACAUCACCAUAUACAACGCAAGGAACCAGACAUCAUAUACAGGUGUUUCCGAUAAUGCUUAUAUCAACAUCUGUGAAAUUAACGUGCAAGGUUGUGGAACUGGAUUUUACGGAGCAAACUGCACGAAGUGUCCAGAAAAUUGCUUGAAUGGCUCAUGCCAUUUUCAAAUCGGGUUUUGUUUUGAUUGUAAAGAUGGAUAUACGGGAGAAAUGUGUGAAUCAGAAUGUGCUGCUGGUUUCCACGGACAAAGGUGUUCUCUGAUGUGUGGAGACUGUCGUGAUGAAGCAGCAUGUAACAAUAUGAAUGGUUCAUGUCCUGAUGGAUGUUCUGCCGGACGGAGGGGGGAUAAAUGCGAUCUCGAUUGCGAAUAUGGAUACUUCGGUUACAAUUGUAAUAAUACGUGUUAUCUUCCGAACUGUCAAAACAGCACGUCUUGUAACACUAUUUCCGGGGAAUGCCUCGUCGGCUGUGUUGAAGGUUGGGCGGGGAAAACAUGUAAUGUGUGUGCGGAGACGUACUAUGGGCCGGGAUGUAACUUAACAUGUAGCAGUUAUUGUCUAGAUAGUGUGUGUAACCUUACAAACGGACAUUGUAUUGAAUGCCCUGAAUAUAAAGUGGGUACCUUUUGUGAAUUUGUGAAAGAUACAACAACAACCACUUUAGUAUGUGCUGAAACCUAUCAUGGUCAAUCGUGUAACUUGAGCUGCAGUGUACACUGCAAAGAUAGACUUUGCGACCCUGUAACGGGGUUUUGUGAUGCCUGUAUUGAAAAGAGAUCCGGGGACUUCUGUGAAAAUGAAAUUUCCGUAAACAACCCUGCUGCAGUUGUGUCUGCGGAAGUCCCCUUCACCAUCAUCGGUGCCGUCGUCGGAGCGUUCCUCCUGGUAAUACUGGUCCUGCUUCUCAUCUGUAUACUAGUCAGAAGGAAACGGCGGAAGGAUACAGAACUGGAGGAUGCAAUCAGACUAGAGCCUCAAGUCACGCCGAUGACAGAGAGGAAGCCUCUGUAUUACCAUGAAGAAGUCAAGCAGGAAAUCAAAGGAGAGCAGCCGAAUGUUUAUUACAACGUGAGUUACAUUAUCAACCCGGAGGAAGUGGAAGAAGAAGACAUUGAAAGUGAAAUCGAGACCGCAAAUGGCAGCUCAAUAGGAGAUCUCGGCGACAUCGAACUACUCAGUGAAAACUUAGGGGAAAUCCCCGUCCAGGAGCUGCAUGGCUACAUAUUGCGGAAGCAUGAAAAUAACGAUGAAAGCUUUAAGGCUGAAUUUAAAGCCCUCCCUGAAGGAGACAUCACUCGCUGUACGGUCGGCAGUCAAGAGAAAAACAUUCUAAAGAACAGAUUUAAAAACACCCUACCGUACGAUCACUCCAGAGUAAUAUUAGAGGAUCCGAACGGAGACGAUUAUAUCAACGCCAAUUUUAUUCCGAGUUCGUUCAGAGAGAGGGAAUACAUAGCAUGUCAAGGGCCCAAACCAACGACCGUUAAGGACUUCUGGCGCAUGAUAUGGCAGGAACAGGUGACCACUGUUGUCAUGCUGACGGGCAUCACAGAGGGUCGAAAGCGAAAAUGUGAGCAGUAUUGGCCCAAUCGUGGAAGGACCAUUAUCUAUGGUAAAUUUGCCGUUACUAACACACAGGAGAAAGUGUAUGCAUGCUAUACCAUCAGAAGAAUGGAAGUAAAAAAUACCCAGGGCAAAACUGCUCAUCCUCGAGUGUUGAAUCACUUUCAUUUUACUGGCUGGCCUGACCACGGAGUUCCAUCUACGUCACAGCUCCUCUCGUUUUAUUUCAAAGUCAGGGAUCAGAUAUUGACAGACAAUACAAAGAAACCCCUAGUGGUUCACUGUAGUGCUGGCGUCGGUAGGACUGGUACCUUUAUAGCUAUAGACGCCCAGGUACAAUACGGCCUGAAGACGGGAACUGUCAAUAUCACCAAAUACGUCAGCACCAUGAGGAAGGAAAGGAUGCAUAUGAUCCAAACAUCUGGUCAGUAUAUCACUGUCUAUAAGUGUUUGAACGAAUUCUUCAACUUCCCUCGCCACGAGGUCAAAGCAGAUACAUUGCCAAAUCACAUCAAAGAGAAACAAGCACUGCAGGAAGAGUACACGGAAUUAACGAAUUACAUUCAACAUCAAAGAGAGUAUGAGACUGACAAUGUUCCACAUGAUAAGGAAAAUCUGGAUGGAGAUUCCUUGAUAGUUGCAGACUUUCCGUCUCCAUGGUUGGAAGAAGGCAUUCUAGUGUCUCGUCAUCCUAUUCCGAAGGAAUUAACACAGUUUAUGUCUGUGUUAAUGGAUAUCUCUCCAUCCGUCAUUGUUACUAUAGAUUCCUCGGAUGAGCAGUCAACGACUGAGCAAUGGAUCCCGGAAGGACAAAAUAUUGUGAUCGGUAGAUAUGUGGUGAAGAAGGCUAAAAGCAGAGUGGACAGUGUGGGGAGGAAGAUUUCUACUACAGGGAUUGCAAUACAGCAUGGUAAUGAUGAAGAAUUGGAAGUCCGAAUCAUCCAGCCUAUGAUAUCAGACGAAUCCGUCUACUCCAACACGUCACAACUACCGGAUAUCAUAGAUGCCAUUACAAGCAUGGCAUUAGACAGAGAGAAACCUAUCAUGAUAAUUCACAGGGAGCACAGUCCUGAAGUGAUGAUGACGGUACUCAUUCUGAAUUGUCUGUAUCAGCUGAUGUACGACGGGGAGACAGAUGUGUGCUUCCUCGCCAGAUAUCUAUUGAGUUUACAGUCAUCCCCAAUGCUGACAUUUAAAAUGUACGAGGAUUGCUAUCAAAUCCUGAAUCGAUUUUCAACGAAAACCAUGAAGCCGGAAACAACACAGAGAGAAGAAAAUAUUUAUGCAAACUAAAAUGCUUGAUGAUGCUGACUUUUCAUCCCUUAAGAAAACGUCGGCAGCGAUUUUUAUAUUGCAUCGGUGAUGGAUUGCUUCAUGAUGCGUUACUGUGUUAACAUUUUAUAUUGUGUUCGACAUAGCUAGGACAGUGACAAAGUCUGUGUGUUUGCUUAUCUAAAAUUAUCCACAUCUUGUGUCCCUUAACGAAUCCAAUUCUUAUAUAUCUUCAAUAUUGUGCAAGAAGCGAUCACAAUUUACAUGGGGAACUAGGUUUAUUUAUGUAUAACUUCACGAGACUUGGGAAAAAGUGUUUAAUUGUAUAACCAAUGAAAAUCAAUAUCCAUACCCAAAUCCACCUUGUAUCAAUCGGUGGGUAUGCUGUUACAUGUAUAUGUACGUUUCUUGUAUUUAACUGCAAUACGUUUAUAAAUCAAAUCCAUGGUGUUAGUAAUUGUACAUUAUUUAUAUAAAAGUUUAAUUCAACAUAUUAACAAGGCUUUUUGACAAUAUAGACAGCUGUUUGUUCAAUAAAAUAAAACACGGAAAUAUCCAUUUUUGUGUUUAUGGUAAAGAU